UAGGCCUGUCCAAUCUCUGGCUGAAGAUGGACUUCAGGAUUGGCUUCUGUUCUGAGUUAGCAGGGAGUCGGGAGGCUGUACUCUGGGUGGUGGAGUGGGGGUGGUCAUGAAACUUCUGUCGAUUAAAAAACAAUUACCAUUAAAAAAAUAAUAAUGUCGGUGUGGAGAACGCCCUGCCCGGCUGGAGCCGGGUGAAGUUAGGCAGCUGGAGGCGGCGACAGACGGCAGGAAGGCACCCCUUUGGCUGACCCCAGCAAUAAUGACGGUGUUUCACGACCAGAUGGUGAUCGAGGACUUCCAAUAUGACGAGGCCUCGGAGUCGUAUUUCUACCCCUGCCCGUCUGGUGAUAACUUCUGUAUCACCAAAGAGGAUUUGGAGAAUGGGGAAGACGUGGCAACAUGUCCUAGCUGCUUUCUCAUUAUAAAAGUGAUUUAUGACAAAGAUCAGUUUAUGUGUGGAGAAACGGUCCCAGCCCCUUCCACCAACAAAGAAUUAGUUAAAUGCUGAAGACGGCCUUAGGAAUCGAAAUCUUGAGCAACUGGA